AUGAAGAACGAGACAGAAGACUUCCUAGUAGCAUUCCUGUUUGACAUUGUCUUCUUUGCAAUAUGUGUGUGCAUAUGGUUAUACUUAAGAAAAAGGCGCGAUGAAAAUAAAAUAAGUGAUAACAUAUAUAUACUGAACAACCAAACCCAUAGUGAAGUAAAGGCAGACAAGGAAUCCUCCAACGUGAAGGACGAAGAAAGUAAUGAUGUGAGAAGGAAGGGAAAUCGUUUCAGAACAUUCUUAAACAUAAAGGAUGAAAAAAUUGUUAAUACAGAAAUAAAAUAUUAUUUAUUUUUCUUAAGGGCAAAUAGAAACAUUAUAUUUUCUCUGUGUAUUUUGGGGACCUUCCUGGUGUUACCACUUUAUCUGUCACUCCCAAGAAAUGACAUUAACAACCCCUCCUUCUUCCACUACAUAAGUGCGGGUAGCAUCUCUGACAUCAAUAUAUUAACGAUUUUGUUUUUCAUUACGAUUAUUUAUAGUGCCAUUUCGUACAGUUUUAUUUAUCUGCUUUGGAAGAAAAUUCGACCUAGUAAUAAAAAGACGAAGAAAUUUUUGCCGCAGAAUUUUACCAUCAUGGUUUCCAGAAUAGAUAAGAAUGAAAUAAAUGCAUAUAAGAUUUACAAAUAUUUUUGCAACUUGACAAAUAAUAAAGUGGUUUCUGCUUACCUCAUUCUGGACUACUCCAUCGUGUACCAUGAGCAGAAGAAGAUUUUCAACGCAACGAAAAAUUUAAAAAUGCUUAAGGAAAAUGAGGAAAAGAAAAGUAUCAAGCGAGACAGGUCCAAGAGGUUCCUGUUAGGCUUUCUCAAAAGAAAGAAGGGCUCCAAGACACACCCCAAGGGAGACCCCAAGACAGACACCAAAGGGAAGAAUAGUUCAGUGGACGCCCCCCUGCAAUUACUUAAUGGAGAGGAGGAACUGAAUGGAGACAAUGCUAACCCAGAGGGGGCUCAGACGGGGGAAAUGGCACAUAUUGGUACGCUUACAAAAGAAGGGGAUUCGCCCACACAGGAGGAGGGAAAGGUUAACACGAAGGAAAAAGUAUACACCACAGUGAAGGACCUGAUGGAGGGGGUAGAUAAGCCUAGAGGGAAAGUAUCCUGUGAAGGAGUAAAUCCGUCAGAGGACCAAGGGUACUGCCAAAUUAGGAAGAAGGGGGAUGAGUGCGGGGAGUUGCAUUCAAGUGGAUCCAGUGAGGAUGAACAGAAGAAAAAGAAAAAAAAUAAAGCAUAUGGCUUGGUAGACGUAGGAAGUGAUAUAGAAGUAGUAAAGUGUAAGGACGAGGGAGAAGCAUACUAUGGACAAACGAUGGGGGAUAAUGUGACAGCUACAAGUCGGACAAAAGAAGGAUGCAAGAGAAGAAACAAGAGGUCAGAAUUGAGCGGGGAAGAAAAAACGAACGAGAAGGGAGAGGAACAGAGGGAAGAUGUUAGAAGAAGGAAAGGAAGUCGAGUGGAAAACCAAGCCAGUUUCCUAAAAGAUACUAGUGACGAAGACGACGACAUGCAAAGUAGCAAAAUGAAAAAAAAAAAAAAUUCCAACAAAAAUUACACAUACAAACUAGACAUUGAGGAUGAAAAUUUAAUGAGUAACAACAACGAAAUGUUGUUCUACGAUUUGGAGAAUUUAUCCACGAAGGAAAAUGACAACAUGGAUUUAAAUUAUAAAAAAAAAAAAAAAAGUAGAUACAAAUCAGAAUCGAAAAGAAAUAUAUUUCAUAAAUUAUUUUUCUUUUUAAAAAAAAAUAAAAAAAGUCACUGGAAGAAGAAACUUAAAGAACACUUGAUUAAAUUUUACUCCAUAAAAAAUGAAACUCCUAAAAAAUCCACAGGGGUUUGCUUCGUCUCAUUUAUUGACACCAAGUCAGUUCAUGAUUGUAUUCAUAAUAUCCCCUUUACGGAAAGGAACAAAUGGAUUAUAUCAAAUGCCCCUCCGAAUUAUGACAUAAUAUGGAAGAAUUUAAAAAAUCACAGCUACAAGGUUUGUGCUCGUUUUAUUAUACUUAAUGCCCUCCUUUUGCUAGCGAACACGAUUAUCAUUUUGACCGUCACAUCCAUUGACAAUAUACUCAAGCUCAAGAUUAAGAAGUAUCGGCAGGAGGACCCCAGCUCCGGCAACCUUAGCGCCAUUCUUAUAACUUGGCUCUCCCCAUUUAUCGUCAUUGUCGUUAACAGUAUCAUUCAACCAGCUCUAAUCGCCUGUGUUUCGAUUGCCAUUGGGUUUAUAAGGAAGUCGAGCGAACAUACGUAUGUCUUACAAGGAAAUUUUAUCUUUUUAAUUUUAAACACAAUUAUUAUUCCCCUCUUGUCAUUGUCUCCGCUGAGUUCGCUGAUAAAGGUUAUGUACUCCGACGAAAUAGGUCAAUGGUCCACUCGCCUGGGGGCCUACCUAUUCAAUUCCAGUGGGUUCUUCGCAAUGAGAUAUUUGCUCCACUGUUGUUUCUUGACGUGUGCAAACCAGUUGCUUCAGAUUCCGCAGUUUUCAAUUCGAUCAAUUGUCAAAACGGUGACGAAAAAGGAAACAGGUGCAUGGAGUUUUGAUUUUGGUUACUGGUACGGAUUCAACACUACCAUUUUGGCCCUGAUAUUGACCUUUAGCGUCGCUGUGCCUUUUAUCCUUCCUCUGGGUUCGCUGUACUUCUUCCUUCGCUAUUACAUAGACAAGUACAAUCUGAUAUAUGAAGUAUGCCGAACCAAUUUGGAUAGCCAUGGUGCUAUCAUAAGGACGGCCAUUAAGUUUAUGCUUUUUUCCGUGGCCUUCUUUCAACUCGUCAUGUUUACCUUCUUCUCGCGGGUACAAAACAAGUUCAUUUCCGUGGGGAGGAACAUCCUCUUUUUGUCUUCGUCCCUCACAACACUACUACUGCUGUGCCGAUCCACGGAAUGGGUAAGCACAAACCACAUAAAGAAGAAGAAAGGGAAAAGAACAUUCUGUUACCUUUGUGAGAAAAACGUCUACGUGAGUAACUUGAAGGACUUGAAUAAAUUAAAGUACGCAUAUGCCAACCCUUACGAAGCGAAGCGGUGA